AUGGAGCACCCAACAUCAGCCACCAAGCGCAAACAACCUCCUCCCUCAAACAGCUUCGAUCGCCCUUCCAAACAAGCUCGACGACCCUCUCAAGAAUUAGACGAAGAUGUCGAAAGCAACAAACCUUACACCAACGGCUUCGUAGCAUCUGCUACAGACACACCCAACGGAUAUACUUCUCCACGACCAGCGAUCGAAGACGAUGCGGGGAGUGUGGUGGUUGCUGCGGCGGCCGCAGAUACGGCAGAGUGGCAGGCGACGAUCGAGAAGGUGGUGAGGAAUGUGGUGAGCAUACAUUUCUGUCAAACCUGCGCCUUCGACACCGAUACUGCCAUCUCGAGUGAAGCCACCGGGUUCGUGGUCGAUGCGGAAAGAGGUUAUAUCUUGACGAAUCGACAUGUGGUCGGCUCGGGGCCAUUCUGGGGUUAUUGCAUCUUCGACAACCAUGAGGAGACGGACGUGUAUCCCGUAUACCGGGACCCUGUUCAUGAUUUUGGGAUUCUGAGGUUCGACCCGAAGAAGAUCAAAUACAUGCCGCUGGCUGCGCUGGAGUUGCGACCUGAUCAGGCCAAGGUUGGUGUGGAGAUCCGAGUCGUGGGUAAUGAUGCGGGAGAGAAGCUGAGUAUUCUGUCUGGUGUGAUUUCCAGGCUGGAUCGCAAUGCGCCAGAAUAUGGUGAGGGUUACAGCGACUUCAACACCAACUACAUUCAAGCUGCGGCCGCUGCAUCGGGUGGGUCUUCUGGCUCGCCUGUGGUGAACAUUGAUGGAUACGCUGUAGCUCUGCAAGCUGGUGGGAGAGCGGACGGUGCGGCGACAGAUUACUUUCUCCCUCUCGAUCGACCACUACGAGCACUGGAAUGCAUAAGAGAAGGGAAGCAUGUGGACAGAGGCACGAUACAAACACAGUGGGUCAUCAAAGCUUUUGACGAGUGCAGAAGAUUAGGCCUGAAUGCGCAGUGGGAAGGUGACGUGCGUGCCAAGUUUCCAAAAGAGACGGGUAUGCUCGUGGCAGAAGUUGUCCUACCCCAGGGACCUGGCUUCGGCAAGCUAGAAGAAGGUGAUGUGCUCAUCAAGGUCAAUGGCGAGCUGCUUACGCAAUUUGCCCGCCUCGACGGUGUGCUGGACAGUAGUGUGGAUGGCAAGGUACAGCUUCUCGUCCAGCGCGGCGGAGAAGACAUGGAGGUCGAGCUCGACGUCGGCGAUCUACACGCCAUCACACCAGAUCGCUUCGUCUCCGUCGCCGGCGCAGCCUUUCACGACUUGUCAUACCAACAAGCACGAUUAUAUGCCGUGACGCUCAAGGACGCUGGAGUAUACUGCUGUGAAGCCUCAGGCUCUUUCCGCUUCGAAGGCUCCUCCAAUGGCUGGCUGGUCCAAAGUGUCGACCAAAAGCCAACACCAAAUCUCGACACGUUCGUGGAAGUCAUGAAAGCAAUCCCCGACCGCGCUCGCGUGGUGGUCACGUACAAGCACCUGCGAGACAUGCACACACUCAAUACCAGUAUCAUGUUAGUAGAUCGGCAUUGGCACAAGCAUAUGCGGCUGGCUGUACGCAACGACAAGACUGGGCUGUGGGAUUUCAGCGACAUCUCGGAUCCCAUAGCGCCCACCGCGCCUGUGCCACGCAAAGCCAACUUCAUUUCCAUGGCUGGUGCUCAGCAUCCGCAAGCUGUCGACAUCAUACGAUCGUUCGUCAGGGUUAGUGCCUCGAUGCCGAUCAAGCUUGAUGGCUUCCCCAAGACAAGGAAGAUCGGCUUUGGGCUGGUGGUAGAUGCGGAGAAAGGUCUGGUCGUCAUCUCGCGUGCGAUUGUGCCUUAUGACUUCUGCGAUAUCACUGUCACCAUCGCCGACUCGAUCAUCGUGGAUGGCAAAGUGGUGUUUAUGCAUCCUUUGCAGAACUACGCUAUCAUACAGUAUGAUCCAAGCCUAGUAAAGGCACCCGUCAAAAGUGCAAAGCUGGCCACUAAACCAGUCAAGCAAGGCGAGGAGACCAUUUUCUUCGGCUUCAACCAGAAUCUACGGCCUGUUGUGUCAAAAACAGCGGUCACGGACAUCACGACCGUUGCUAUCCCUGCGAGCGCUAGUACCCCUCGCUAUCGUGCGGUCAAUCUGGAUGCUAUCACGGUCGAUACUAGUCUUAGCGGCCAAUGUGGCUCUGGUGUGCUCGUAGCCGAAGAUGGCACAGUCCAGGCGCUCUGGCUCACAUAUCUGGGCGAACGGACAGCUCACAGCAAGGAUAUCGAAUACCACCUUGGCUUCGGAACGCCCGCUCUCCUCCCCGUCAUCAACGAAGUAAAGAGCGGCCGCAAACCCGACCUGCGUAUCCUGAACCUCGAAACCCAAACCGUCCAAAUGUCUCAAUGCCGCAUCAUGGGCGUCUCGGAAUCCUGGAUCGAGCGCAUCGAACGCGAAGAUCCGGAACGCCAUCAACUCUUCAUGGUGCGCAAAGUCGACGCGGGAAACACCACCAAACUCCAAGAAGGCGACAUCAUCCUCACUUUAAACGACAAACUCAUAACCCGCGUAAGCCAUCUGGAUAUUAUGUACAACAACUCCACCCUCCGCGCCGUCGUGGUUCGAAAGCAACAGGAAAUCAGUCUCGACAUCCCGACAGUCCCGACCAGCGAACUCGAAACCGACCGGGUCGUCGUCUUCUGCGGCGCCGUGCUCCAUCGUCCUCACCACGCUGUCCGCCAGCAGAUCAGCAAAAUCCACAGCGACAUCUACGUUUCCGCCCGAAUGGGCGGCAGUCCAGCAUACAUGUACGGCCUCGCACCCACCAACUUCAUCCUCGCCGUCAACGCGGUGCCGACACCGGAUCUCGAGACCUUUCUGAAAGAGGUGAACAAGAUCGAGGAUAACACGUACUUCCGGCUGAAAGUGAUGACGUUUGAUAACGUGCCCUGGGUGGCGACGAUGAAGAAGUGCGAGCAUUAUUUCCCUACGGUGGAGUUUGUGAAGGAUGCAGGGGUCAGGGAGGGGUGGAGGAGGGUGAUGUAUGAGGGUGGGGAGGCGAAGAAGGGGGAGGGGGAGGUGAAUGGGGUGGCGGAUGAGGGUGGGAUUGUCGAGGAGCAUGAGGGGAUGGAGGGCUAA